AUGAAAGAGGUUAAAAUUGAUAGAAUGAGAAGGAGAAUUGGAUUUGCUAAUGGUAUUUGUGUGGAACCUGAAGGUUUAUCAGGUGGCUUAUGUCUUUGGUGGAAGGAUGAUGUGGAUGUGAAGGUUUUAAAAAUUAGCAAAAAUUUAAUUCAUGUGAGAGUGAGGAACAAGGAGAAGUUGAGCUGGUUUUUAACUUGCAUUUAUGCUCCUCCAGUUCUGGAAAAUAGAUUGGAAUUCUGGAAUGUGAUAAGAGAAGUGGCAGCCUCUGUCUCGGGAGCCUGGAUUAUUGGAGGAGACUUUAAUGAGGUUAUGACUAGCGAUGAAAAGGAGAGGGGUUUACCUUUAGAAAACCGCAGAGUGCUACCAUUCCAUGAUGUUAUUUUUGACUGUGGCUUGAUGGAUAUGGGAUUUAAAGGGCAGAGAUUCACUUGGCAGAAUAGGAGAGAGGCUAACAUCAGAGAAAGGCUGGAUAGAGCUUUCAUUAAUGUGGAGUGGAGGGCUAAAUUCAGUGUUGCCCAAUGUUUUAAUUUGCCUGCAGUUGGGUCUGAACAUUCCCCUAUCUUCAUUGCUUUGGACCCUGAUGAGAAGAAAUCCAGUCGCAUUUUCAGAUUUGAGUCACAAUGGACUACCUCUGAUGAGUGCAAGACUGUUAUUGAAAAUGAAUGGCAGGGUACAGUAAGUGAUAGCUGGUUAAUGGAAGUUAUUAGAAGGUUUAAGAAAUGCAAAAAAGCCUUGACUACAUGGAGCAAAAAGUCUUUUCCAAACAACAGAAAGGAAAUUGAUACUCUUAUGAAGGAGUUAGCCCAGAUUCAAGACAACAGUCAUUCGGAAGAGGAGUGGGUGAAAGCUGAGUUAAUCAUUGCUAAAUUGGAGGGGAUAUGGGCACGUGAGGAGAUGUUUUGGAACCAAAGGUCAAGAGUUAAAUGGUUAAAAUAUGGAAAUUGGGUGGAAAAGGAAGAUGACGUUGAAAGACUGCUAUUGAACCAUUAUGCGAGCCUGUUUCGAAGUACAGGGGCUCGAGAAUGGAGGGAGGCUCUAGACCAUGUGGAUAAGGUAGUUACAGAUGAUAUGAAUGAAAUGUUGACCAGAGAGGUGACUGAGGAGGAGAUAAAAUCAGCAGCUUUUGAUAUGGGGGCACUAAAAGCACCAGGACCCGAUGGUUUCUCGGGAAUUUUUUAUCAGAAGUAUUGGGAAGUUGUAGGGGAUCUUGUUAUUAAUGCUGUCAAAGAGUUCUUCAGAACUGGUUUUCUACCUCAGAAGCUUAAUAAGACUAAUAUUGUCUUAAUUCCCAAAGUUGAUAAUCCUAAGGAGGUGGGACAGUUUCGCCCAAUCAGCCUGUGCAACUUCAUGUACAAAGUUUUGUCCAAGGUUUUGGUGAAUAGAAUGAAAGGAAUUUUGACUGAUAUCAUCACUCCAAGUCAGUGUGCUUUUGUUCCUCAGAGACAGAUACAAGACAAUAUCUUCAUAGCACAUGAAGCUUUUCAUCACCUAAAGCUAAAAAAGAGUAAGAAGGAUGUAGAAAUGGGGCUCAAGCUUGAUAUGAAUAAAGCUUACGACCGUGUGGAAUGGGAUUUCCUAAAAGAAGUUAUGCUCAAAAUGGGGUUUGACAAUGACUCCCUCUUUUUCUUGAAAGCAGAACCUGAAAAUUGUAGAAGAAUGGCAGAGAUUCUUUCCCAAUAUUGUAGAGCUUCGGGGCAACAAGUUAAUUUCCAGAAGUCUAGCCUGUUCUUCAACAGUAACUGCCCUGAUCAUGUAAAGGAAGAAUGUGGAAAUAUUUUCAACAUUCAGACUUCUGGAAAUCCGGGGAAGUAUCUAGGACUGCCUUCAGUAUGGGGGAGAUCUAAAGAAGAAGCUCUGGGUUUCUUAAAAGAUCGUAUGAUUAAGAAGAUCCAAGGGUGGAAGAAAGGGCUUUUAUCCCAAGCAGGUUUCUGCUCAAAGCUUGAAUCCAUAGUUGCUAAAUUUUGGUGGGGUGAUAAUGAAGAUAAGAGGAAGAUUCGUUGGCAAUCUUGGAAAAAACUCACUAGAGCAAAGAAGGUUGGUGGGCUAGGAUUCAGAGAACUAUAUUUCUUCAAUAAAGUUUUGAUUGCAAAGCAGAGUUGGAGAAUUCUUCAGAAUCCGAAUGCUUUUUGGGUUUAUUCAGGUGAGAAUGUUGAUUUAUGGGAUCAGGCUUGGAUUCCAGGUUUAAAAGGUGAAAAGUUAGGCUAUAAGCCCGAUGAUGAUGAAGUUAUUCCGAGAAGAGUCAAAGACAUCAUGGAUGUGCCACAACAAAAAUGGAGGCUGGAUUUGAUUGCUCAUAGAAUCUCUGAUAUGGAAGCUUCUGCAAUAGAAGAUACGCCCAUAAACGAGACUGGGAUUUGUAAAGAGAAAGUGGAGACAGUAAAACACUUGCUAUUGCUCUGUCCUUGGACAACUCCAGUAUGGUUUGAGGGAUGUGCAAGUAUGAGAAUUGAUAGGGGUGCUAUUACAAAUUUUGCUGAUUGGUGGAUGAAUUGCUUUGAAGAUACUAGACUUAAUGAAGAGGAUCUUAUGUCUUUAGCCGCUCGAGCUGCUUUCAUUACUUGGUAUAUUUGGAAGGGGAGGAACGAGGUCCAUUUUAAUGGCAAGGAGCCGGAUGCUAAGGGAACUUUAAUCAGAGCAGAAAAAGCUUGGCAGGAGUACCACUCAGCAAAUUCAACAGAGAAGAAGAAAAUUUUAACCAGGACUCAAAAGAGAGAACCUUGGUCUCCGCCUGCUAAUGAUAUAAUCAAAAUCAAUGUCGACGGUGCGUAUGAUUGCAAAACGGGAGAAGCAGCUGUGGGAGUUAUUGCUAGAGGAGCCAAUGGAAUGGUUGUUGAUGGACUUGGGAAAAAGGUGAGAGCUUCUUCUUGCGACAUGGCGGAAGUUAUGGCUGUCAGAGAAGGGAUUAGACUUGCAAAGGAGAAAAGAUGGGAGAGAGUAAUCCUGGAAACUGACUCACAAGAAGCUUUGACUGACUGCAUAAAGGAUGACAGUGUGUGUGCUUGGGAAGUUAAACCUUUGGUGCAGGACAUCAAAGUCUGGUCUAGGAGCAUUCGUGAGUUGGAGAUGAUUUGGGUGCCUAGGUCAGCAAAUGGAGCAGCUCAUUGGGUUGCAGUAUCUACUCGCAAGGGGAUGUGCAAUGAUGAUUGGAAACUGCCACCUCAAUUUGCAAAGGGCUUUCAGAGAUGUCUGGUUAAUAAAUUACCUGAAGAUCGGUUUAUACUGAUCUGUGAUGGCAAAUCUUGGGCUGUUGAAGUGGUUAACGUGGCAAAGGAUGAGGUAUACUUUCGAGAGGGUUGGAAGGAAUUUGUACAUGAUAAUUCGCUAGGCAUUGGUGGUUUAAUAGUUUUUGAGUAUCAAGGUGAUUUCAAAUUCAACCUUGACAUAUUUGGAAGACAAUGCUCCAGAAAAGGGGUAUCUCCAGAUAUUUGGGAGAAAUAUAAUGUACCCCAAAAGGGAGAGAAACCAACCAUUAAUGGUGGCGGACAAGCCACAAGUGAAUUAAGCCAACAGGAAGGGCAACCAACCAUGGGUGGCGGUGGACAAGGCACAAGUGAAACUCAAGAGACUAACUUGGCUGCUCUUAAGAAAUCUAAGAAAUUCAAGUCCAAAUCUCUUAAUUUCAAAGUGACUAUGCAGCCUACUUAUGUGCAAGGCACAUAUCUGAAUGUGACAAACAAAUUCACGAAGAAGAUUCGUUUGAGUCAUGGAGCGAAUAACAUAAAACUUAAAGUUUCUGAUAAAACAUGGGAUGUGAAGAUAUCUGAUUAUCCACGCCAUGGAAAGAUACACUCUGGUUGGAGAAAAUUUGUCGACGAUAAUUCCUUGAAAGAGAAUGAUAUCUGCCUGUUCAAAUUGAUCAACUCUCAGGAUUUAACACUUGAUGUUACCAUCUCCAGAUUCAGCCAAUUCCUCUGA